AUUGUUGAGCAUCACGGCUUUGCGCUUGUGAACUGGCCCUUGUCCGGUCAUAUUCAGAAUCCUUCGAAAGUCGGCGGAAGAGCUGAAGUGAAGAGAUUACUUGAUGCGCUGAAGUCCCGGUCUUGUGAGUGGGUCAAGCUCACAGAUGAAGAGCGUGUUGUGCACAUGAAGGAU